AUGGAUACGAAGCUGUAUAAAGACUGGCUGCACUGGGCAGAGCACACUGCGAUGAAUUGGCUGCAUAGACUGGAUAAGCUGGAGCGACUGUUCCGUCAAGCAGCACUCAUAUACCACAAGAUACCGUACGAUCUCCGCCAUUCGUCGACCAUUCAAAACGGCCACAAGAUCAACUCUGCACUACUCAAGCGACUAUCGGAAAUCUUUGAGACGGACAGACUGCGCUCAAAGCAGACGUACUUCACUCCGUGGAUUGCAAUCUUCGACACCGCUACCGAAGUCCUGGAUGACCUGAACAAUCACCAGCCUCUACCCGAUGAAAUCGACUCCCUCCGCACUCUUCACCACAAGUUCGAACUCGCCUUCGACAACCUGAACAAGCCGUGUCAGGUGGCGUGGGUCGCUUUAAGGUGGUUGCAAGGGACUGUUGCAGACGUCAACAAGCGCGCGGAACUCGACGGUACAGAAACAUUGGCUGCGUCUUUCAGCCGUGAAGGAGGACUGUUUCGGCGAUGGAUUUCGACACUUCCAGAGGCCGACGGCAAACAUGUGCAGUCCAGAUUGACGUACAUCGAGUGGUAUGCGCAAACGCUGCUGAAGGAGGGCGUCGUGAAAGACGACUACUGGAGUAUGUUGCUCGAGGAUCUUUCGAGCCGGCAGCCUCCCGAGAUUGCCCAAAAGCACCUGGACCACCUGCAGCGGCUCUUCGAGACGUCCCGUGUCGAAGAGUACAACGCCAUCUUCAAGGAGCUUGACGAGAUCGUUCACGCGGCCGCUGAGCUGAGCUCCCGACACUGUCCUGACAGGGUAACUUCCAAGCAAUUGGUUCACCAUGUCUUUUGCGUCCUCAAGCCAACUAUGAUCCCGCUUCAAGCACGGUUCGAAGCUUUCUUCGAUGAGCUUGACGACUACCUCGCGCGUGCCUACAUCCUCUUUGACGUGAGUCGCAUGAACUAUGAGUCAGACGCACAGGGCGGUCGCAUCGCCUGGCAAGAUAUCUCCGGCCCGGACUCCAACCCUGUUCCUGCUCGCAAGGGCGAGGAAUGGGCAAAGUACCGUGCUUGGAUCUGGAGUUUGCCAGAGACGCAGCGUGCUGUGCAGAUCGGUCGAACAGUGGACGCUGUCGCGCUGGAGAUGCUGUACCAUGAGCCUGAUGGUUUCCAUGGGGAGUCAGAGUCGCAGCAGUUCUCGCAGCCGCCGUCAUCGACAUACUCGUGGUCAGAUCUUGCAUCAGAUCUUGACGCAAUACUUAUCGAUCAAUGA